CCCAUGUGAGUGGGGAACCAGACGAUCAUGUGUUGCUUGAUUUCCUUGUCCUGUAGGAUGCGCAAGACCUCGUUUCGAGACGGUGCGCUUGGCGAAUUCUCGGACCGGUGAUCUCGAGUCGCUCUAUAUCGUCGUUCUCCCUUCGUCCGGCAGGGCCAACGCUAUUGCGGCCUGUUCCGCAACUUUGGCCGCCGUUCUCCGGACCGCCGAUAAGUUUGUGAUUUUCCCUUGAUCGACGCUGACUGCAGCGAACGCCUUUCCGACGGGGUACCGGGCUGCAUCGACGAAACAGCAACUCCGGGUGAUGAAAAUAUGAUGUUUAUAAUAAAUUAACUUUCAUCUUUAAUUAUUUAUACAGUUCGAUAAAAAAAUAUUUCGUUUCACCUAUGCUUAACAUGGCUUUUUGGCGUUGUUAAUAUCGAGUCCCUCGGUUCCCAAUUCUUCUGGUUCAUAUAUAAGCCGCGCAGGGCUCCUUCAUUGCUAACGCAUAUUUAUUGAUGUCUUCGAUUAUUUCCGCAGCUCUUAGCAUAUUUGGCAGUCCACGAUCGAUCUCCUGCGCAUUUACCCGCUGUUCGAACUCUCUCCUUUUCUUCCCUUAGGGCACCAUGACCGGUAAGCGGGGGCAAGCGGGUCAAGAAACUGCGUCCCCGAGAAGCAAAGGGCUCACAGAGCACUCCUCCACAACGCUGAAAAAAAAAAAAAGAAGCAUUCACCCAAAUGACCCCAGCACACUCCCCGCAUCAGGCGGCUUCCCUUUUUGCGAUACCGUAAUGGAGCCAGCUGAUGGGGUUCUCAAUUAGCGGACCAGGUAAACGGGUUGUGCCCCGUACGCGGCGACGACGCCAAGGUCGCCGAGGUCAUCGUACGUCUUUGAGGUGCCGCGCGACGCGGUCAGGUGCGGGCUGCCGAGCGCCCUUCCUUCCCCCUCUUUCCUUUUGCAACGCGCAUUUAGUCAGCCGCCGCUCAUUAGUAUACCCCCCGAUAGAGAAGACCAGCGGAGAGUCGCUCCGCGACGCCAUGGAGGCCCGCGGGCAGCAGCCGUGCAGGGUGCCCCGCCGGGCCGCGGAGGGAGCGCACGCGCGCGCCACUCGAUGGGCGGAGCGAGGCCACGUGAUGCAGGCACCGCCUGUCAUUGGUUGGCGGCCGGGUCCCCGAGCGGCAGAAAAACGUGCCGGCCGCUAGAGGUGGUCGCAGAGAGCUUGGAAUAUGCACAGCGAGACGCCCGCAACGACCGCCCUGCCGGCGGCUCCGUCCGACCAGGGCCCGCUCAGCGCGGGCCUGACGCCCCGCGGGGCCGCCUUCAGCAUCGAGGCUCUGCUGGGCCUGGGACCCGAAUCACCCGAUUCAUCCACGCCCGCACCUUCUUCCGGCUCCGAGAGCUGCGGCGGCGCCGAGAGUCGCCGAAGGCCCGACACCUGCAACGGCGGCGGUGGGGGCCGCCGCCAGAGCUCGGAGCCGCGGCCAAAGCGUGUGCGCACCAUCUUCAGCGCCGAGCAGUUGGAGCGCCUCGAGGCCGAAUUCCAGCAGCAGCAAUACAUGGUGGGACCCGAACGACUGUACCUGGCCGCUUCACUGCGACUCACGGAGGCCCAAGUCAAGGUGUGGUUCCAGAACAGGCGCAUCAAGUGGCGCAAACAACAUCUUGACAUGCAGAGGCUCGCCCACGCCGCUUCCAAGCUGCCACCGCUGUGACCCCCCCCCCCCCCCCCCCCGAGUGAGAGAGAGAGACUCAGCCUGUACAUAAGAUGUGCCUAUAUCUGCAGAGUGCGCCCCAGAGACGCUGUUUUCUAUAUGAGCGGCCGCUAACCCAUGCCUUCCCUUCCUGUGUAAAUACGCCCGGCCCAAAUAAACCACGCUGAUACAUGCA